AUGCUCUCAUUCCCUCUAACCCACUCUCAUACGCUCUCAUUCCCUCUCACCCACUCUCAAACGCUCUCAUUCCCUCUCACCCACUCUCAUACGCUCUCAUUCCCUCUCACCCACUCUCAUACGCUCUCAUUCCCUCUCACCCACUCUCUCACGCUCUCAUUCCCUCUCACCCACUCUCUCACGCUCUCAUUCCCUCUCACCCACUCUCAUACGCUCUCAUUCCCUCUAACCCACUCUCAUACGCUCUCAUUCCCUCUCAUCCACUCUCAUACGCUCUCAUUCCCUCUCAACCACUCUCAUACGCUCUCAUUCCCUCUCACCCACUCUCAUACGCUCUCAUUUCCUCUCAUCCACUCUCAUACCCUCUCAUUCCCUCUCACCCACUCUCUCACGCUCUCUUUCCCUCUCACCCAAUCUCAUACGCUCUCCGUCCCUCUCACCCACUCUCAUACCCUCUCAAUCCCUCUCACCCAAUCUCAGACGCUCUCACUCCCUCCCACCCACACUCAUACGCUCUCAUUCCCUCUCACCCACUCUCAUACCCUCUCAUUCCCUCUCACCCACUCUCUUACGCUCUCAUUCCCUCUCACCCACUCUCAUACACUCUCAUUCCCUCUAACCCAUUCUGAUACGCUCUCAUUCCCUCUCACCCACUCUCAUACGCUCUCAUUCCCUCUCGCCCACUCUCAUACGCUCUCAUUCCCCCACACCCACUCUCAUACGCUCUCAUUCCCUCUCACCCACUCUCAUACGCUCUCAUUCCCUCUCACCCACUCUCAUACGCAAUCAUUCCCUCUCAACCACUCUCAUACGCUCUCAUUCCCUCUCACCCACUCUCAUACGCUCUCAUUUCCUCUCAUCCACUCUCAUACCCUCUCAUUCCCUCUCACCCACUCUCUCACGCUCUCUUUCCCUCUCACCCAAUCUCAUACGCUCUCCGUCCCUCUCACCCACUCUCAUACCCUCUCAUUCCCUCUCACCCAAUCUCAUACGCUCUCAUUUCCUCCCACCCACACUCAUACGCUCUCAUUCCCUCUCACCCACUCUCAUACCCUCUCAUUCCCUCUCACACACUCUCUUACGCUCUCAUUCCCUCUCACCCACUCUCAUACACUCUCAUUCCCUCUAACCCAUUCUGAUACGCUCUCAUUCCCUCUCACCCACUCUCAUACGCUCUCAUUCCCUCUCGCCCACUCUCAUACGCUCUCAUUCCCUCUCACCCACUCUCAUACGCUCUCGUUCCCUCUCACCCACUCUCAUACGCUCUCAUUCCCUCUCACCCACUCUCAUACGCUCUCAUUCCCUCUCACCCACUCUCAUACGCUCUCAUUCCCUCUCACCCACUCUCUCACGCUCUCAUUCCCUCUUACCCACUCUCAUACGCUCUCAUUCCCUCUAACCCACUCUCAUACGCUCUCAUUCCCUCUCAUCCACUCUCAUACGCUCUCAUUCCUCAUUCUACAGUGA